AUGAGAAUGCACUUUGUCCACGUCUCGGUGGACCCAAUGCCUGCUCCCCUUUGGAACGAAACCCCUCUCAUAAGGUCCAAUUACAUAUCAAGAAAGUUGGGUUGCAAUGUGUAUUUAAAACUCGAGAACCUCCAUCCGUCACAUUCUUUCAAGUAUAGAGGUUUGUCCCUCUUCGUUCAAAGAACAAAAGAGAAGCAUGGUCCAUUUGUACAUCUUAUCGUCGCAUCCGGAGGAAACGCAGGCCUAGCUGGAGCCUGUGCAGCUAAUGCCCUUGGCCUUCGCUGUACAGUCUACGUGCCUGAAGGUGUUGCAGAGCGAACUUUAGAUCUACUUCAAGGGGAAAAUGCCGAAACAAUAGUAGUUGGAAAGAUGUAUGCUGAAGCGCUGGCUGCCGCUCAGAAAGUGAUAGAAGCAGAAAAGAAUGCGGUGAUGGUUCCAGCAUAUGAUGAUCCGAUGGUGUGGGAGGGACACGGAUCGCUGGUUUCCGAGAUAUCGAGGCAACUGACUCCAAAACCGGACGCAAUCUUUUGCAGUGUUGGUGGAGGUGGACUGCUGGGAGGUAUCAUUACCGGCUGCAAGGCGGCUGGUUGGGAUGAUGUGCCCGUCGUCGCUUUAGAGACCAGAGGAUCCAAUUGCUUUCAUUACUCCAUUGCUUUGAACCGCCAAUCUUCCGGAAAUUUUGCCAAAGUUCUUCCGUCGCAUGUGAGCGCAGUUGAAGACAAGACAGAAAAUGUCAUGUUGGCUCAUUUUAGUGAGUUCUCCUCGAUGGCAUCUGGUUCGCUGGGCGCAUCACAGCCGGCGGCCGGAGUAGUAAAGAUGGCAUUGACAAGAGAGGGAGGUAUUACUUGUGUCAGUGUACCGGAUGAAUUGAGCAUGCAAGCCUCCUAUUUGUUCACUCGUGACCAUAAAAUUUUGGUAGAGCUGGCUUGUGCUACGACCCUUACCCCUGCAUACAGUCCCACCUUGUUCAAUAAACUCGUUCCAGGGCCGGCGAACUCGAUGCAGGAAAGGACAGCCGUAUUCGUUGUCUGUGGUGGGUUCAAGGUUUCCCUUGGUGACAUAGAACUUUACAAAAAAGUGGUUGAGAAGAACAAAGCUGGUGGCUGGGAAGUAUCGAUCAACGAAGGAGAAAAAUUGAUAGUUGAGAAA